GUUGCUCAUUCAAACAUGUUGAUUUAUGAAAUGUUUUUGUAUCCUGUUGCAAGAGCUCUCCAAUUCAUUUCUCACUACCCAAUGGAGAUUAUCAAUUCAGAAGAAAAAGAGAAAGAAACCCCUACAAAAGAAGAAUAUGCUGUUGCCAGAUAUCUUCGUUUUAAUAACCCGGUGAAAGAAGGUCGUUUGGCUGGCAUAACAGUGACAUGUUUUAUUGGGUGCAAAGCUGUUGAUGCUUUAAUGCAGUCUAAAUGGUCUGCUUCAGAAAAUAAGACCACUUCUUUGUUUACCACCAGACAGUCAUGUACCAACUAUCUUGGCAGAUUACUAACAAAAGGCCUCUUUCACCGGGCCAUUCGGAUAGAAAAGAAAAAAUCAGAUCGUACAAAAACAAAGAAGAAAUCUAUCAAGGCUGGAAGUGAAGAAGAGACCAAUCUAGAAGAAGAUAAGGAGAAACGAAGUAAAAAGGACAAGAAAAGCAAGAAAGAAAAAGAAAAAGAGAAAGAAAGUGACCGUGAAGGUGAAAAAACAGAUGACACUGAAAAGAAAAAAGAAGAAAAGGAAGAAAAGAAGGAAGAAGAAAAGAAAAAGAAAGAGAAAAAGCUAAAACUUGGUAUGCCAGAUGACCAAAGAUUCAUUGAUGGAGAUGAGGUUUAUGUUUGGAUCUAUGAUCCUGUUCCUGUAAAGACUUUCAUUAUUGGGCUUCUCAUGGUUCUUGGUGCCAUAGCAUUGUGUCUGUUUCCUCUUUGGCCAGAGGAAGUGAGAAUAGGUGUUUAUUAUUUAAGUUUGAGUGGUGCUGGGUUCCUUGCAUUCAUUCUGGUCCUCUUUGUUGUUCGUUUAAUACUGUUUUGUGCUAUAUGGAUGUGUACUCUAGGUAAACAUCACUUCUGGUUUCUACCAAAUCUCAACGAAGAUGUUGGUUUCAUUGAUUCAUUCCGGCCACUUUAUAAACAUGAAACUUAUGCACCCAAAAGUAAAGAUUCUGACAAAAAAAUAAAAGAAAAUGAUAAAGAUGGUGUAAACAAUGGCUCAGGUGAUGCCACAGUCUCUACAACUGCAACAUCACCAGUGAAUGAAACUCAGUCUGUCUCAACAGAAAAAUCCUAUGAAGAAAAUAAGACUCCCAGUGAAGGAGGUACUGAGAGUGAAGCUAGUGAUGACCAGGAAGGUUUUGAAUUAGUGGAUAAAGAGGAGUUGAGUGAUGAAGAAAACAAAGAUAAAAGCGAGACAGAAAACAUCACAGAGGUAUCUGAAGAAUCUAAGAAAGACAAGUAAAGAUUUUGCUAUUCUUGAAAACACUAACAACCAAAGACAAUGGGGGAAGACAUUUUAAUGUAAUGUGCGGUUUGGGGAAACCUCAAAAGGGAUGGAUAAAGAUAUUGUAUAAAUAUGUAUAAGGAAAAUUCAAAUAAAAUUAUAACAAUAUUUUGGUGAAGAUCGCUAAUUAUUACAGUAUAUCUGCUAGAAAACACAGCAAGAAGGUGGAGACAGGUUCAAAAUUUUUAUUCAACCAAUUAUAAACUUUAUUUUGAAAUGGAGUAUAAAUUGGAAAUAAAAGAGAGAAUCUUGCAUAGAUUGCAGCCAUAAUUGUUAAAUUUCUGAAUAGCAUAUAUAACAGAGCUCUCUUUCUACAUCUGCUUUCAUCAUUUCUUAUUUUCUCUCUUUCCUUCUCCUUAUAUCUCUAUUUUGGUUAGAAAUAAAUGGAUAAGCUUUGCAUCAAACGAGUAUGCGCAUUGCUAUUUAAUCAGAUAUUUAUCCAGAUGCUUAUGGAGGUUAAUGAUGAUAUUCGGAUUAGUCGAAUUUUACUCGAUUAUUGAAGCAUGAAUUCAUAUUCCUUUACAGAUUAAUACACCUAGAAAAUAACUAUUUUAUUUUUUUUACCCCCUUUAAAUACAAAACGCAGUGUGUAAUUACUACAUUUGAACCAACUUACUCAUUUUCUAAAACUUUCAUCUUAAAUAAAUUUAAUCUUCGUAUUGUCCAUUUAAAAAGAUGCAUAAAUUAAGAGGUUUUUCUUUAAUUUUUAUCAUUAGUUUGAGUACUUUUAAUAAAAGUUUUAUUUUUUACUCAAUGUGGAGAAUAGUAAAAUAUUGUUGAUAUCUGACAUUGGUAAAUGCCAUUGAUUUAUAGGGGAGGUAGGGGAUAGGUGCUGGAUUAAGACUAAGUGAAUAACUAUUUAAUUAUUUUAUCAAUCUCAAGAUGGAUGAAAGGCAAAGCUGAUGCCAGUAGAAUUUGAAAUCAAAGUCUAGAUAUACCAAACUGAAUAAUCACGUAAAGCAAAUUAAAAUGUUAUUUCCAAAACAUAUUUUAUUAAUAUAUGGCUUUAGAAAUUUUUCCAUUAUCAUGUUUACUGGAGAAUUGAAGUAUCUUCAUACUGUUGGAAUUAUUCCAUUUCUCUUAGAAAAACAAUGUGUUUUAUUUCAGUUCAAUUUUAUUUCUUUAGUAGAUAAUGUUUUGUUAUAGCAAAUCUUUUUGUUAAACAAUAAAUUAGAUAUUCAUAUCUUUCUCCAAUUAUCUUCUUCCACUUAGUAAAUUCUACCUAAUCACCGUUCUAGGUGUAUGUCUUAAAUGAGCAGUAGCAAAUACUGUUCUUUGUCCAACACUAUAUAUAUACAUAUAUAUAAAAUCAAACUUAUGACUAUUGCACAUGAACUUGCUGAAUAUGUUGUACAUGCUUUCUUUCAAUGUACGUAUUUAAA